UGUAGCAACGAGCCUUAGCGACGCAGAGAGUCCGUGGAGACGGGUUUCCCGGGGUCCUGGUGGAGUACAGGAAUGCAGCACUUCUGUAAAACUUCUCAAGCACCAGUCUGUGGAUAGCAGCUGCUGACACAUCCCAGCAUUACCAGUAAACAGUGGACAUGGGGUGUGGGAGCUCCAAAAUUACUGUGGUUGAGCCGGUUAAACCCAGCAGCCUGGAGGAGAAUGAGUGUAUAGUGGUGUCUGGAGGAGCUCGCGGUGACUCUGCUGUGUCAAAGAAGACUACUGACAGUGGACUGGGUCUGGAUGCCGGAGAGACCACCGGCCUGCCUGGGGCAGUUCCCAGGAUACUCCCACCUUUAAGAGCUCAAAGUCCAGGAUUGGCCCAUGACAGCCAGAGGGCGGAGUCCAGCGCCAUCCUGGAGGAGCUGCUAAAUCAGGGAAUCAUCCCAGCCCAUCCUAAAGUGGCAGGCAGUGGGGAGGCCUACAACAUCAUGCUGGAUGAUGCAGACAGGCCGAAGAGGAGACCCCCGCCUCGUCUAGAGUCACUAAAGGUUCAUAAAGAACAAGAGCUCACGAGAAAGGAAGACAUUGAGGAGAAGAUGAGACAAGUAGAGGAGAGGAGAAAGGUGCGAGAGGACGAGCUGCGGACCAGAUUGAGGGCCAAGUCUGCACGGCCUCGUGGAGCUGCUCCAGUGGGGGCUGAGGUUCCUGAGGAUGUUCCUGACGUUCCCCACCUCCCUCCUGCACCCAAAGAGCAUCACACAAGCAGCAGUUCAGAAGAAUCGAAUGAUAGGAUACUGACUGACUCUCCAGAGCUGGAGAACGACUCAACAUUUCAGCAGCCUGAAGAUACUGACGGGUUUUUCUAGCAGAGGGCUUUUCCCAGACCACCACAAUGAAGCAGGGCCAACAGACCUUAUUACUAUUACUUACAAUACAUAUAUAAAGUAUAUAUUUAUAUAUAUAUAUAUGCGGCACAAUAUAGGUAUAGAUGGGAGAGGGGGAUGUUCACAAGCAUCAGGGUUUUUUGCACUUGCACUUUAUGCUUUAUACUUUACACUAUUUAGCUUUUUAAUACUGGACAACAGUCCCAUAAUUAAAGGGACAUUGAUGAAGCUUAUCAUUCUUUACUACCUUUAUUCUUUGUUAUAUUCCAAAGAAAUAAGAAAUCAGAGCAUCUCUCUUAGACAGCUGUUAAUUAAUCACAGUGAUUAUUCUUAAAUGUAAAAUAAUAUGUUUAUCUGCUUAUAUACAAUAUAUGUCCAAGUGUUGGUGUUGGACAACCUUGCUAAUGAACGCAGCCAGUUACUUUAUGUUGCACCCCUUGCUGACAUGUAUAUUGAAAUACACACAAACACACACACACCUUGUCUAAUUCCAGUAAAGAGCAGUAAGGAGAGCAGAUAAACAUCCCAGCUAACAGAGAACAUUAUAAGUUCCUUUAGCAAUGUAUGGAAAAGGUUCCAGGAAGGUUAGCUUGUAACAUUCUGAAAAAAUCUGCAGGGUUCAUACGGUCAUGAAAAACCUAGAAAAGUCAUGGAAAUUCCAGGCCUGGAUAAGUUUUGGAAAAAUAAAAUAAAAAAUACCCAAAAAGUUUUGGAAAAAAAUGAUGGAAAUUUGGUCUACUAUCCUUUGUGUUUCCGCUUAUCAAUGAAGAAAAUCUAUUUUGAGCUACCAAAUACAUCAGCUCAGAGUUAAUUCAGUAAAUUUGCCCCACACAAUGGAGCUUUCACGAUCUGACACACAUUAUAUUAUUAAAAAUUGUCUGUCAACAUUAUUAGUUUCAGUUUAGUAUAACCAAUUACUAUAAUCAAUUUUUAUUAUAGUUUUAGUUGAUUUUUGGUUUUAUUGUCCAUGUUUGCACUGGUGUUUUAAAAAUCGUAUGGUCAUGAAAAUAUCAUGGAAAUUUUUUGGUUAAAAAGUAUAUGAACCCUGCAUGUGACACAAUAAUGAUUUACACAAAACCAUUUUUAGACCUUUUCCCAACCAGACACUCCAGACUAAUGUUAUGUAAAUGUUAAAAGUAACAUUCACAAAACUUACAAGUGACUUUGCAUUGAUGUUACCAGAACAUUUAAAAUCGUUAAAUAUAACUGGAUAGAAUGUUCUAAGAACAUUAACUGUAAAUACCGGUAAAUACUCUGUCUUUACUAAUGCACGAAUGCUGUUGAAGGCACUGAAUGCAAUCAAAUAAGGAAAAAGCAGCUGUUCCAGUAUGUUAUACAUAACAGGUUGGUUUACCAGACAGGAAUUUAUUUUCCUUUUAACAGAAAAUAUUUUUAAUAAAUCUGUGUAGAUCAAGGCUAGGCUUAAUCCCUGUAGGAAACUGUCACAUAGUGUAUCACAAUAUAAUAAUAUAUAAUAUAUAUUAUAUAUUAUAUAAUAUAUAAUAUAUAAAUAUAUAAUAUAGAAUAGAGAGUAUGGAUCAAUGUUUUUGAUUGAAAAUGAAUCUACACGCAAUAAACAGAUUUGUUUUUCCAUUUGA